UUUUUAAGAUUGUCAACACUGAUUGCACAAGAGCGGCACGUUGUUCCGCCGUAUUUGUAUUUUUGGAAUUUAACAACGAUCAUGAAUCUACCCGUCAAAGUGGCGGUCGCUAAGGACCAGCUGCGUCGAAUGCACUGCGAAUUUAAUCCUCUGUCGCGGUGCGACGGUUCUGUGAUGUACAGCCAGGGAGCCUCAGUGGUUAUAUCCGCUGUUUUGGGCCCCGUCGAAGUAAAAUCGCAGAACCUGAGCAUUGACGGCAGCUAUUUGGAGUGCAAUUAUAGGCCCAAAGCUGGCCUACCCCAAGUAAAGGAACGCCUCCGCGAGGCGGCCAUAAAGGAUAUUUUGGAUUUGACUGUGCUGUCGGAAGCGUAUCCACGGUCCAAGAUGUCGAUACAGGUGCAGGAGCUUGAGGAUCGUGGAAGCAUGGAUGCUUGCGCUGUGAAUUCGGCCUGUCUGGCCAUGCUUAUUGGAGGCUUGCCCCUCAAGUGCAGCUUUGCCGCUGUGCACUGCAUUAUAGACGAGCAGGGAGAUUACGUCCUGGACCCGGAUCAUAGUGAAACUGCCCACCAGCGUGCUAGUUUCACUUUCGCUUUUGAUUCCAUGGAGGGCAACUUGUUGUUGAUUCAGACCAAAGGGGCUUUCAAAAUUGAACAGUUUAACGAUAUUGAAUGCCUUUGCCGAUCGGCUAGCCAAGAAAUCUUUAAGUUCUACCGGAGUCAAAUAGCCAAAUUUCAUGGUGCAAGUCAAGACAUUAAAGCGAACCAUGAAAGUAUGGAGACUAUUUGAUUAAAAUGCAGAUUGUUAAGGUA